UCUUUUCAUCUGUCUUGUCCAACAAUCAAAGUUCACAUCUCAAGAAGACUCACGCCAUCGCUUUUUGGUCGAGCGAGCAAGAAUCAAAGAAGAGGCGAUCAGAGAUCGAAAGCAAUCCCUUCCUCUCAGGUUUUGUUAAACAAUGUCUCGGAGAUAUGAUAGCCGCACCACAAUCUUCUCCCCUGAAGGCCGUCUCUACCAAGUCGAGUACGCCAUGGAGGCCAUUGGCAACGCCGGCUCCGCCAUCGGUAUCUUAUCCAAAGACGGCGUCGUUUUAAUCGGCGAGAAGAAAGUCACCUCCAAGCUUCUCCAAACCUCCACCUCCUCUGAGAAAAUGUACAAGAUCGACGACCACGUCGCCUGUGCCGUUGCUGGUAUCAUGUCUGACGCCAACAUCCUCAUCAACACUGCUAGAGUCCAAGCUCAACGCUACACCUUCAUGUACCAGGAGCCCAUGCCUGUUGAGCAGUUGGUUCAGUCUCUCUGUGAUACUAAACAAGGGUACACGCAGUUCGGUGGUCUUCGUCCCUUUGGAGUUUCCUUUCUCUUUGCAGGGUGGGACAAGAACCAUGGGUUUCAGCUGUAUAUGAGUGACCCCAGUGGGAACUACGGUGGUUGGAAAGCUGCAGCUGUGGGAGCUAACAACCAGGCGGCUCAGUCUAUUCUGAAACAAGACUACAAGGACGAUGCAACUAGAGAAGAGGCGGUCGAGCUUGCCCUGAAGGUUCUGAGCAAGACGAUGGACAGCACUAGCUUGACAUCCGAGAAGCUUGAGCUUGCUGAGGUGUUUCUGACUCCGUCAGGGAGUGUUAAGUACCAUGUUCACUCUCCUGACUCGCUCACCAAGCUGUUGGUGAAGCAUGGUGUGACUCAGCCCGCUGCUGAAUCAUCCUAAACUAUUGUCAGAGACUUGAUCUCUGCCUGGUGCUGUGUCCCCUUUAUCUAUCUUGUUAGUUCUCUGUUUCACAGCUUUCUUUUUUAGUUUGAUGUUUAUUAGACUAUGACGAUGAAACUGAAAUUUCACAAUGUUAUGAGAAUUUUAUUUGAGUAUUUGAUUUGAUUUCUA